AUCGUUUCAGUGAUAUUUAUUUGAUAAAAUCGGUGCUAAAGAGCACGGCAAAUGGGGAGAACCGCGGUUCUUGUUGUGCUUGUAGUACAGUAAAAAAAUUUAGUGGGAUAUUUGUCUAAUAGUUCCUAAAAUCACUUAUAUUAAAUGGAAAUCCAGUAUUAAUACAUAAGCAGUUGUGCAUGUGCAAAAUUGCUGGCUCGCGUCCGCAAGCUGCAAAGAUCACUGCUCGCACAGACUGCUGUGUAUCCGUAACUUCCUUUUUGAUUUUUGUACAUAAUUAUUAGUUUGGGUGCACAUUCCGAACGUUCUACUUAAUCAGAUUUCUUAUAAAAAUUUAUCACGAUGUUCUCUUUUACCCGAUUGCAGUGUUUUCAGACGAUACUUGUCGGCAUUGUCACCACUCUAAAUCCUUUGGAUCGCUUUUCUACGAGAACCAUCUUACCCGAUACAUUUCUCAAUAUUUUUGCCAAUGGAAAAGACAAAAUCAACCACAUUCGAGCAUUAUCGAGCAUUUUUGAUAUUCCCGAUAUUAUCAGCUUGACAAGUGGCAAUACGGUUGAGUUCCGGCAAAAGAAAGACACUUACGAAUAUUGCGUAACGCUCCAAAACGCCCCAAAAUACGAAGCAGAUGAACUGCAAUUUUGCAUUCCGUUUAAAAUAAAUCAAAGGACGUCCUCUCAUGUAGCGUUUCGACCACUUCGGGUGAUGUUCAGCUUCGUUAACGAAAGCCUUCAAGCCAUCAUACAACGCGAUACACUAAUGCAGAAUCCGUCACCAUGCGCUAGUGCGGAAGCGAUAAUCCUUUUCACUCCGCACAAAGCAGGGAUAGAAGUGAGCUUUAACGGCCUGCCUAAAGCCGUGUACCGACCAACACCAAGAUGGUACAUGCUAGGCGCUUUCCAAAUCGAUUUGAAAAGUUCGGUUCUGGAUAAACUAGAUAUUGUCAACGGCAGUUUGCAGAAGAUUUCUGAGGUGUCAAGCCGCAGCGGUUUUUGGUCGUUUCAAUCCGAAUACGAUCAUCCAAAUGAAUUCAUCACAGUGUUUACGCACGGUCCGGCCCAAUCUGGUACUUAUAAGUCCGUGGUGACGGCUGGCGGGUCACUGCAUGAUGAGAUCGCUUUUGGCAACUGGACAUCGACCGUAGUAGAAUCGACACCAACGUCGACCGUCCUACUGUCAACAUUUAUAAUGACCAACGCUUAUUCCGUAUCCCGAACGGUAUACGAAUGGAAUACCGUCACUCAGAACAUUACCGUUAACAACGACACCGUGACAUUGGUUUACAAACGUACAUUGCCCUGGCCGUAUUACGGCACUUACGUGGAGACUGAAAAAUCUGCUACUGCGAACAAACAUUCUAGAUCUUCACAGGGGCUCACCUGCCGCAGCAACGUAGAUUCUGAUCCAGUACCCUGUAACCAAUUAACACCAAAGCUAACGAUUUCCCACGGUCCAAACAGCCGAGAUAUUUUGUGGUUUGAUGAAGGAAACCGGAACGCCACUUACCGCUUUCGAAUUAACGGAAGUUUUGAUUUGCUCUCGUCCAGCGGCUCCGUGAUACUGGGUUCGAUGGGGCUGGACAUCGAUGGGGAUUUGACCUUUAAGCUGAAUGCAAGCAGUGUCUCUGAAAGUGGCUUUAAAAAGGACUCCACCAUUCGGAUGUCGAUGGAUUACUUUAGCGAUCCUUUUCCGACACUGAACGUGGCAUAUCAAGAAGCAAGGCGGUCCGUACCAUGGACAAGACAGUUUCGCCGCGUGAUUUCACCUUUAGUUUUGAAGAAGUUUAAGAGUGCUGAGACGGGAACAUCGCAGUAUUACACCAGUCUGGAAAUCGUGCAGCUGUCCGAGCACCAGUUUCAUUUCUCCAGCCGCAUCUUCUACGGUUCCUCUUUCAUCUCUUUCAACUUUAGUUUUAACACGCCGGUCUUUAUGUUAGAAAAUAACCAUAAUAUGCCGGGCGUGGUGGAAUAUGCAGAGAUGGAUGGUAAAGUGAUUGUCACCAUCUAUUCGUUAAGAGAUUACUAUGCCCUGGGAGAUCACUAUGCCCUCCAUCCGAAAAGGGAGAAAAUGCACGAAAUGAUUUUUGAGGAUAACGGGGUGAACAUGUACCACUGCUCCCCAGUGUGUUCUCACGGAGGUUUUCUAGUUGCUGAGCACGACUGAUAGAAUAGAAAUUAUUAUAGCGCUUGGCUUGAUUUUAGGCCCUACCGCACCUUUGAUUUACCGAUACAAUACGAUAACACCCACAGAUUGUUUUCUAUGAUAAGCCGAUAUUUGCAGUGUUGUGGUGUACAACGAUACCAGGGAAGUUACUCUUGGCGUUUAAAAAUCAAAGCCAAACUUCUUGCCGGAAAUUGCACCAUAUACGAGUGCGCACUAAAUAU